GGGAAGAAGUGCGUAAUGGCGGAUGCGAAAUCUUGAUGAGUUUGUUAUGAUUUUCAUCGAGGAACCAAACAUCAAGUUUUUAUUAAUUGACGAAUGCGUAAUUGUUGUUUAUGAGGUGUUUAAAUUCUUAUAAGUAAUCUAUGGCGUAUGCGUUGAGUAUUUUAUCUUAAUUGUCUUCGAGGUGGAUACGUUUGAAAACAAGGCUUGCUCUGCGACCGAUCGUCUCUUCCAUCGUCACAAAGAUGUGAAAAUAUAGCUUAGGAAUAUAUGUGCUUAAAAUAUUGCUAAAAGCUGCCAAAAAUCUUCAAAUCCAGAUUAUCAAGAAUGGAUGAAGCUUUUCUAAAUGAUUUAUUGGAAUGUUCAGUUUGUCUUGAACAGCUUGACAGUACUAGUAAAGUUUUACCUUGUCAACAUACUUUCUGCAAACGAUGUCUAGAAGAUAUUGUAAGUUGCCACAAGGAACUAAGAUGUCCCGAAUGUAGGAUUCUUGUCGAAACGAAAGUUGAAGAUCUUCCAUGUAACAUAUUGCUAAUACGAUUAUUAGAGGGCAUUAAGAGCACUGCUGCAUUAAAUAAAAAUGUAUCAUCUGCUAAUAGCACACAUACUAAGACCGAAGCAAUGAUAUUUCAAGGACCAAAGACAUCACUUCCUACUAAUCAGUUACAGCAUUCUGCAUCAUCAGAUUUAAGGGCCCAUAUAAAACAGGUUAUUCAACCUCUUCCUUGUGCAAAAGCAUUAUAUCCAUAUGAAGCUAAAAGAUUAGGUGAUUUAUCCUUUAAAAAAGGAGAUAUGAUUGUUCUGAGAAAAAGAAUAGAUCAGAAUUGGUAUGAAGGAGAAACAAAUGGAAAAUUGGGCUAUCUUCCAGCUACACAUAUUCAGAUCAUUGUACCACUUCAUUUUCCCAUUCCCCAGGGAAAAGCUCUGUAUGAUUUCCAUGCCAAUAAUAAGGAUGAUAAAGACUGUUUAACAUUUUUAAAGGGUGAAACUGUAACAUUUAUGAGAAAAGUUGAUUCUAAUUGGGCAGAAGGAAAAAUUGGAGAAAGAUCAGGAAUAUUUCCAAUUUCAUUUGUAGAGUUAAAUGCUUCUGCAAAAGCAUUAAUGAAGCUUUCAUCCAAUCAACAAAUGACCAGACCGAGUUUGUCGACGACGACGUGUGAAAUUCAGCCUGCGUGUAAUCAGACAGAGCCUACCGUCGUCUCCAGCGUGCAUCCAGUGUCCCUUCCUGCAAGUUCAAAUAUGCAAUACUGUGCUCCUCCUCCUACGUCGUCACCUUCGGUGUCAGUAACUACGACAGCCUCGACGUGUCCUUCAUCUCCAAUUUUUACGACGGUGGCAAUGAAACUUCAUGAUCCUUUGUGCUCAUCUAUUUGGCAGACAUCUCUUCCUCUUUCUUCAGGUGUCCCUUGUCCUUCUGAUAGCAAUCAACGAGAUCAUUCAACAUAUGGAAAACAUAAUCUGAUGAUAACUGCAAAUUCUAGGGAAAGUCCUCCAAAUAUUCAAGUCUCGCAAUCUAUUAUAUAUCAAAGAGACCAAAAUUUAUGUACGUUAAAUGCUAUUGGUUUGUCGAAUAAUUUACAGUCUUUUCCUCAAAUUAGUUAUUGCAACAAUUACAAAAGAGAGCAUGCAUUACAUGCUGUACCACAAUCUUCUGUUAAUUAUUUAGAUACUAAUAGUCAUUCUUUAAUUACUCAAACACCCCACAUAAAUAAUUAUGAUAGAGAGCAAACAAUGAAUGUUAUGCAAAUAGCCACAGUCACUUUAAGUGACAAAGAGGUUUCCCAUCCAGAAACAUAUAAUCAUAGUAUUUCCAGACUCACACCUCCUACUGUAUCUUAUGAUGCUAUUCCUGCUCCUGAUGCAUUUUCUUUGAUGUCUCUACAUACAAAUAAUUAUUCAGAAGAUCAAGUUAAGUUAUUACCUUCUCAUGAAGAAAAUGUUUCUCCAGAAUCAGAAAAUGUUUCAAUAGAGCAGCCUGCUGAAGGCACUCUAGAAACAGAGGAAGAACAACAUACUUCUUCAUUAAGCGAUUCUGGACAUGCAGUUUCUCGUGAAGAUUCCCCAAUUUUUUCUCCGGUAUCAAAUAUUUCUGGAAGUCUUGAGAAAGAACAAGGACGAUCGUCUCCGCUGAUAACUAAUUUUGUUCCAAUUACCAAUAAUGAAUCAACACAAAAUAUUGGCAUUGUAUCAAGUGGAAUUCAUAGAGAAUCGACUCCUGCCACACAGGAAGAUACGGCCAUUUCUCAAACCUAUUUAAAAGACAAUAUGAGUGUAACCUCAAGCAAUCAACGAUAUUUUCAAACUAUCGAACAUGGAUUACAUGCAUUUCCAUCUUCAAAUGUUGUAACUUCUUCCAUGUCGCAAGGAGCUUACUGUCCCGAUAUAUCAUCAGCAGGACCUUCAAAUCCUACAGUUAUGGUGCAAUCUUCAUCUGAUGCAUCAUCAACACAGUGGAAAGAAAGAUGCGAAACAAUAUCUGUAAAUACAAGUUCACAAGAUGGCGAAGAACUAGAUAAUAAAGUUGUCCUACCAUGUAAUCCGACACCAGCUAACCCGUCUUCACCUAGUGCAAAUGGAUCGAAGGUGUUGGAGAAUGAAGAAAUGUUGGCUUCACAGCUUUAUUAUUUGGCAUUGUACAAUUACCAUCCACAAAAGAAAGAUGAAUUAGAAUUAAAACGAGGUGAACUGUACAUAGUGAAUGAAAAAUGUCAAGAUGGUUGGUUCAAAGGUACUUCUAUGAAAACAAGGCAGAAUGGCGUCUUCCCUGGAAAUUAUGUUCAACCAACCAAGUAUUUUUUUUUUUUUAAAUAUUAUAUUAUUUUUAGAUCAGUGUCAUGUCCAAGUGAGGCAUUAGGUAGUCAGACAGCUCUUCAUAAGAAAUCGUGUUCUUUAGAUGGUAAUGCAGCUGGAGUACAGAGGUUAUCUUCUCGUUCUAAACAACCUGCACCUUUAAUAAAAGAAAGAUUUCGUUGUAUCGUGCCUUAUCCACCAAACAGUGAUUACGAGCUAGAAUUAAAAGUAGGAGAUAUUGUUUAUGUUCACAAGAAGAGAGACGAUGGAUGGUACAAAGGUACCUUGCAGAGAACAGGUAGAACUGGUCUUUUUCCAGCUAGUUUUGUCGAAAGUUUCUGACGUGCAGGCCUGCCAUAGAAUUUUGUACUUAAAAAUAUGAUGUGCCACUACUUAGUAUUGUUUAACUUGCUCGAUUACUUUAAAAGAAUUUUGGGAACAAAUCAUUGUGAACUUAUUGUGAUAUUUGGAAGGCACCAUAAUUUCUAUGGUGUUUGUAAUUUUAGCAUUUUGUACAGCGUAUCAGAGGCAUCAACUUUUUGAGGCCUUCUUCAGUCAUUCAUACGAUGUCAUAGAAUUUUUAAUAUACAAAAAAUAAGUAAAAAAAAAAAAAUCUUGUU